UUCUGUGGCCUGGCACCGCGCGGGGGCGCGGGGCGUGCCCCUGUCAAGAGCCAUGCUUGGCAGGUCCGGGUACCGGGCGCUGCCCCUGGGGGACUUUGAUCGUUUCCAGCAGUCGAGCUUCGGCUUCCUGGGCUCGCAGAAGGGCUGCUUGUCCCCGGAGCGGGGCGGCGUGGGGCCGGGGGCCGACGCGCCCCAGAGCUGGCCCUCCUACCUCUGCCACAGCCUCAUCAGUUUCCUGGGGUUCUUGCUGCUGCUGCUCACUUUCCCCAUUUCUGGCUGGUUCGCCUUGAAGAUUGUGCCCACCUAUGAGCGAGUGAUCGUGUUUCGACUAGGCCGGAUCCGCACCCCUCAGGGGCCCGGCAUGGUUCUGCUCUUGCCCUUCAUUGACUCCUUCCAGCGGGUGGAUUUGAGGACACGUGCUUUCAAUGUCCCUCCCUGCAAGCUGGCCUCUAAGGAUGGGGCUGUGCUGUCCGUGGGGGCUGAUGUCCAGUUCCGCAUCUGGGAUCCAGUACUGUCUGUGAUGACUGUGAAGGACCUGAACAUGGCCACGCGCAUGACGGCCCAGAAUGCUAUGACCAAGGCCCUGCUCAAGAGGCCUCUGCGGGAGAUCCAGAUGGAGAAGCUCAAGAUCAGCGACCAGCUCCUGCUGGAAAUCAAUGAUGUGACCAGGGCCUGGGGGCUGGAGGUGGACCGGGUAGAGCUGGCAGUGGAGGCCGUGCUCCAGCCACCCCAGGACAGCCCAGCGGGGCCCAACUUGGACAGCACUCUCCAGCAGCUGGCCCUCCACUUCCUGGGAGGAGGCCUGUCCUCCGUGGCAGGAGGCUUGUCAGCCCCAGGGCCAGCAGACACCUUGGAGAUGGUGAGUGAAGUCGAGCAGCCUGCGCCUCCUGUUGGUGCUGGGCCCAGCCCAAAGCAGCCCGUGGCGGAGGGACUGUUGACUGCUCUGCAGCCCUUCCUAUCGGAGGCCCUGGUCAGCCAAGUUGGCGCCUGCUACCAGUUCAAUGUCAUCCUGCCCAGUGGUGCCCAGAACAUCUACUUCCUCGAUCUCACUACAGGGCACGGGAGGGUAGGACAUGGAGUGCCUGACGGCAUCCCUGAUGUCGUGGUGGAGAUGACCGAGGCGGACCUGCGGGCCCUUCUGUGCAGGGAGCUGCGGCCCCUGGGGGCCUACAUGAGUGGGCGGCUAAAGGUGAAGGGUGACCUGGCCGUGGCCAUGAAGCUGGAGGCUGUCCUCAGGGCCCUGAAGUAGCGGCUUUGGCUGACUGUCCGUAGCCCAGAUCCAAGUCUGGCAUCAAGCCAGGGAGGCAUCUUAGAGAAGAAGGCGGCACUGGUGCCACACCUUGGAUUGUUGAGGCCUUCCUCAGCCAGGAGCCAAGGGAUGGAGACUGGGCCGACACCAGAGCUGGGAGAGACUGUGUCAGGCCGCCUUGUCCUCCUUACCUGGAGUGCUUCUCUGGACAAGCCUUUGCCCAUCCUGCUCCCCGGCUGAAUGCCCAGCCCUGAGCCGGGUACACCGUGUGAUAACGAGAGCCAAGCCGGCCUGCUCUGCUGGCGACCUGACUGGAGGGAAGGGGCCCGCAGACAUAGCCUGGCUGCAUGGAUUUGGGCUGGUGUGAGGGAGCCAAGCAUGUGGCUCAGGUCCCAGCUCCAGGGUGGGGAUCAGGGAGGUUGAGUGUGGAGAAGGAGGGCAGCCACCAAGAAGAGUCACUUCAGGGCAGGGAUUUGGGGAUCGAGCUGGGCCUGCCUUCCCAGUUGCUCUCUAGGCCCAGGCCAUGGGCAGUGGGGAUGGAAAAGUGUGGGGCCUUCUCCGCUCUGGCCUUGCUCCUGAAGAUGUCUUGACUCGUCCCCCAGCUCCGUCUUGCAUGCCUGACGGGCUGGAGCCCAGGGCAGCAUGUAGGAGAGCCCUGCUGUUCUGUGCUUUUUACCAGAGGUUGGCAAACCACCAAUAAAUGUGCUGUUUACAAUGUA